AGCGGUGUUCGAUUCUAAAUGCGGUAUAAUAUUCUGUUUAUUUUCUCAAGUUCCGACGACCAUUUUUAACAAGGAAUAAACCAGAGUCUCUCUUUACAUUUCUACCUUGGAUAGUGUUGGAAAAUACUGCAAAUUCAAGCUAUGAUGGGCAAAAUAUGGGACAGACGUCUUGCUCUUGGUGCGAUGAUUAUUAUUACAAGUGCUUUGACGAGUGAGGGUACGUAUUUGCUUUUUUAAAAACAUCGUGAAAAUAAGCAUAAAAUAUCACGCUACAUUUUAUAAAGUUGCAAUUUUUUACAAUACACUAUUCAAUUGAUAUCUUAACUAAUUUCUAUGCUUUAUUCUAUGUCAUUUAACCGUACAAAUCGUUUGUAUUCCGUAACAUAUUUCAAGUACAAAAUAUGUGUGUAUGGACUAGACAUUUUUUAUCGCCAUAUAAAUCAGAAUGGCGGACAGUAGUAGAUAUCAGAUGUUGGGUUAUUGACACAAAACUGACAAAAAUAACGUAUCGCUGAGCCAAAAUAACUUAACGUUGAAAGAAAACGUAAAACCUAUAAAUCUCAAGGGAAUAAAUUCGGCAAAUAUUGUCUUUCUCGUCCUGAAUAGAAGUGGAUUUAGUACAGUAAUAAGCUGCAUGUUAUAAGCGUUGAAAAGAGAGUCCGGGAUUAAUAAAUUGUUUUGCCGUCGGUAUUAUGGAAGCCUACAGGCAAAAUAAUUUCGUAACAUUGUGUGCUAGGGACAUGUUUGUUUCUUACGUACAAGCUACGUAAGAUUGGUUGAAAAUAUUGCCUGUUGUAUAAAAAACUGUCGCGGUUUGAGGAGUCUUCACUGUCGGCUGUUUGUAAAUUAUCAUGCCGGGUGGUUUGCAAAACAUGCAAUAUUUAUUUUUCUUAGUUAUUUCGCAAAAGUAUCACAAAAGAUAUUACAGCACAAGCACAAUAGUGUACAGUACAAGUAUGAGUGUGUGCAAGUAGUUGCUUUCACAAGGCAUUAAUUUCGAUAAAAAGCUGUCGUUGUUAUGCAGUUUGGACAGACACAUAUAUACUUGCCGAAUUCAUAUAAAAGUUGCAAAUAUAGAAAACUUGUUACAAUUUAUAUACGACAAAUUCUGUUCUCUUGCAUCGAAUUGGUAGGUUUCUCAUUUUUAGGUUUCUCUCCUUAAAAAUACUAUACCAUAAAAGCCGGCUCGUAACAUUAGUUCAUUUUGUGUUUUGCGUCAAACAUUUUGCUCAAAUAAGGCUCGCUGUGGGGACUGUCAAAAUUUCUUUGAACUAUUCACAUUCUGACCACACAGUUUCAUUUUGAUCAAAAAUUUUUUAAAUGUCAACCUUUUCUAAGAGUUUGAUCAUGGCCCAUAUUAGACAUUUUAAUAGCGUGUUAUAACCGGCCUUUACAGUAGUGUUAUAACUACACCGCCUUAGAAAUGUUGUUAGUUUGUGUGCCAGUGUUUAUUUAAUAGUUGUAAAAACAUGUUAUUGGGGCUAGGCAUAGGAAAUGGGAGAGGAAAUUAGUUUCAUACCCGCAUUUUAAUAGAUAGGGGGUCAACGAAAUGCCAUUAUAAUAUUCGAUAAGCACGCGAUGAUUGACAUCAGUCUAGUCAAAAGUAUUCAAUAUGAAUGAAAUAAUCUAAUGAUAUAAGUAUCAGAAACACUUGAAUGUUUUCAAUACUUGUAUGGUGGUAUUAAGUACUUGACACUAUAAGGUGGAUUUCCCACUUCCAAGAAAAAUUUUGCUGUCAAAAUGUUUCACUCAAUUUCUGUUGAAUUGUGAGAACUGAUUUAUCCGCACAUCUUGAAGCAGCAGCGAUUAAGGCUGCAGCAAUUACCUUGGUUGAAAUUAACUUCGGGAGAAAAAAGAAUUACCUUUUUUUUCAAAUUGGUCUAUGGCUUCGGUUGCAUAGGUACUAAAUAAAUAGAUUAUCUCACCAGAACAUUUUAAAGUUUUCAGCUCUGAACUAUUUGUAGAAAAUGUGAAAAAUUAUUUUUUUACUUAUUUUUAGCAUUAAUGCAGCCACUAAACAAGACACUCAUAUGCUUUUCAACUCUGACACGUACGGGAAACACAUGUGAAACAACAUUAUCAUGUUUUGCAUAUGUCACAAGGGAAAAUGAGCAACAGCGCCAAUAUGGAUGUGUAGACACGAAGGUCAAUCAUCUGUUUAUGUGUAACGCUGGGCCGACGCCAACCUUCAGUGCUCAAUGUUGUAAUGAGGACAUGUGUAAUAAAAAGUUGAACUUGACAUUGCCCAAACUCCCCAAAGGCGAAGAAACACCAAGUAAGUUUGUUUUUGUGACAGCAUCCUCCUGUUGACAUUUGACAAAGUAAAAUAAUAAAGUAGGGUGCAUCAGGGUACAUUGCCAAGUAAAGGGUUUACAAUUAAAUUAUCCACUAAUAUAGACCCCCGAAUGAACACCGCAUCUGAAAAUUUCAAACGAGUAAAUAUGGUAUCUCCAACACAGAGAUCUCUCUAAUACAGGGGUGGAUUUAUAGGGGGGUGCACAGGGGUGUGCACCCCUGUUGAAGUUGGCCUUGGUCAACAGUUGGGUUUUUCCUUUUUUGAAGUCAAACUAAAGCUCAUAAUUCAAUGCCCAUAUCGUAAAAAAAUGGCAUUUCUAAGGUUCUAAUUUUCAAAAUUUUCUGGGCGCAUAACCCUGAACCCCCUAGGGAGCUCACACCUUCAGCACUCGAGUCGUUAGGAAGCCAAUUCAUUUGAAUACUCUCCCACCUGCUCACCCAGCACCCCCUAAAAAAACCUUGCUGGAUCCACCCCUGCUUUAAUAUAUAACUAUCUAAUACAGACUGCCUAUUAGGAGUGCAGAUAUCUCUGAUGUAUAUCUCUAUUGCUCUAAUAUACAUGGACCCUUCUCUAUUACAGACACAUCUUUUACAGAUGAAACAGUUUAGUCGAUGAAUGAUGUGUCCGUUGCCUGUCUUCAUACACAGAAAUUAUUAGACAAACUAUCGUUUCAUUUCAGCUUCUUUUUUUUCAGCUGAAGAAAUGACAAAAGUGAUCUAUGUUGGCUAUGGUCGAACUGUUAUUAUCGCUAUUUGUAUCUCUGCACCCGUGUGUCUGAUCACAUUGGCAGUCAUGCUUUUUAUCUUCCUGCGAGAUCGCCGUCUAACUGCCGAUGAUAAAGGUCUUCUUGAAAGUGAUUUGGAAGUGGGGGAGAGCAAAAUGCCCGAAUCUAUUCAGGAUAUCAUUGAUUAUGAUCAAACAUACUCAGGUGGGUUGGGAUGUUGGUUGUACCAUAGUUAGCCUGCAUGCAGCCUGACAUUUCGAGGGGGGAAGGGAAAAAGUCAAUGCAGGCUAUACCGUAGGUUUAAUUCCUGCAAUGUGCAGUUUGACAUCUCAGUGGCAUGUUACAGGAUGUGAUAAUUUAAUAUUUUCAACCGUUUCUGGAUGGUACUUCAAAAAUUAUUGGGGGACGGGAUCUGGGGGCAUUGCUCCCCCAGAAAAAAAAAGCAUUUUCGAAGCCUCAAAGAGUGUUCUCCAUGAAAGGUAUUUUUUAUCAAAGUCAUAAAGUUUUCACAUUAAAAAUUCAAGAUUUUGUAAUGCACUUUAUACCUUCUUACAAACACAGAUUGGAAACAACAUUCGCCCUGCAUAGAUUACUAGUUAGCAUGAAUGUGAUAAUUUAAUGAGAAACUAUUACAGAAGUGCAUAUAUCAACUCUAGAAUUGACUCUGACAUUCCUCACGAAGAUGUUGAUGAUAGCAACAAGUUGUUACAAAUCUGUUUCGAAGCUGUCGACAAGUUGUGUUCGCACUGCUUGUUCCCAGUUGUUGUAACAAAUUUGAAACGAGCUGUUAGCAUCUUGCAACAAGCUUGUUCUAGCAAGUCUGAUACAGUUGUGAUAUAACAAGGAUAUAACAAGGUUGACCACACAAGGUUGUAACAAUAUUGUUAUAUCAUUCAUGACUUGUUGGAACAACCUUACAACGAGUGACCAACGGUGCAAACACAACUUGUUGACAGACUUGUUACAAGAUGUGUUAUCGUGUGUGCAGUGUGCAUCUUAUCCCAUGAUCACAAAGUUGUCGUCAGAUUUACCAUAAUUAAUAGAAUAGAUGGCUGGGAAGCUCAUUAGAAUAACAAUAUAACUCAUUAUCUAUGUUAGUCAACGUUUAUUCAUAAAUCUGGUCCUUCACCGUCACAUGUGUAUUGUAUUUUUGCUAAAUCCACCAAUAGCAAUUUCCAAUUUACCCUAUUGUUCGAGUCACGGAUAGGUAACUUUGUUAAGACAUUGCUAUUGGUUAGUUAGGGAAAAAUACAAUACGCACGUGACGAUGAAAGACCAGAUUUAUAAAUAAACGUUGACUAACAUAGAUAAUGAGUUAAAUUGUUAUUCUAAUGAGUUUCCAAACCAUCUAUUCUAUUAACUAUGGAUUUACACAUAUCUCUACUUAAUAAGCCAAUUAUAAAUACGCAGACAAUACAACGUGGUACUUGCUGAAAACAAAGAGGUACCAGACCGUAAUAUUGGCAUACCUCCGGUAUACGUAAGUACGCGAAUUGUUGCAUUCUGGAGUCUGAAACUAGUGAAAGUGCUUCCAGUUUGACUCUAUCAAACGGCACAGAUUUUCCUGGGUUCAGUUUUACUACAGGAAGAAACGGUAACAUCAAUAAGGGGUGAGUCUUACUGGAACUCUCUCUAGGCAUGCGUGUUUAAAAUGCACUAGCAUGAGGCACCUUUUAAGUCUUGUAGGCACAUUUUCUGAUUUCUAAAUUAACACUAUCUAGCUCACAUGAAAAAUAUAAAGUAUAAUAUGCCUUUUUGCAGGCACAUUUUAAAUUUUUCUCGCGCGAAAAAAUAUUAAUGAGACUUGCCUCUAGAAAGAAUAGUUUAUAACUGACUGAUAGAGCUAUCCAGUAGAAAUAAAAUUAGUUUAGUUUAUGUUUCCUGAAAAUUCCUCUUGUGGUUCCAUGGUUCAUACUGGACCACUAGAGAACAAUUUAGAAGUGAUAGAGUUAAGCCCCUUGUCGAACGAGAGUUGAGAAGUGAGAGUUUGCAUGAGAGUUGAUAAGCGAGAGUUUGCAUGGGAGUUUUCUCAACUCUCAUGCCACAGUCAAACGAGAACAAGAGUUGCACGAGAGUUGAAGAGAGUUGAUAAGCGAGAGUUUGCACGGGAGUUUUUUCAACUCUCAUGCCUCGGUCAAACAAGAACAAGACUUGUAUGAGAGUUGAGAAGCGAGAGUUUGUAUGAGAGUUUUCUCAACUCUCAUGCUCUCAACUCUCAUGCCCAGGUUAAACGAGAACAAGAGUUGCAUGAAAGUUGAUGAGAGUUGACAUGCGAGAGUUUGUAGGAGAGUUUUCUCAACUCCCAUGCCUCGGUCAAACAAGUACAAGACUUGCAUGAGAGUUGAGAAGCGAGAGUUUGCAUGAGAGUUUUCUCAACUCUCAUGCCCCGGUCAAACGGAAACAAGAGCAGCAUGAGAGUUGACUGGAUAUUACUGCGCGGGUAGCGAACUCUCAUCAACUUGGCGGUGGAACGCGAGCGAGAUUUGCAACUCUCGUCAACUCUCUCCCUCAUUUGACCGGAACUUUAUCCAGUAUAAAUAAGGUUGGUUUAGUUUAUCAUUACGGCACAAAAUUUAAUAAUAUUUCUGUUGCACUUGCAUACAGGCAGCGGGUCAGGUCUUCCAUUAUUGAUCCAAAGAACUAUUGCAAGACAAGUGAUUCUACACGAUUGUAUUGGGAAAGGUCGUUAUGGCGAGGUAUAUCGUGGCAAAUGGCGCGGUGAAGAUGUCGCUAUAAAAAUAUUUUCCACACGAGAUGAAUGCUCUUGGCGCAGAGAAACCGAAAUGUACCAGACAGUCAUGUUAAGACAUGAACAUAUCUUAGG